UGGUCUCUCUGUUCAGAGGGAGAAAAUUUAAUGCGUGUUAAUGACCAGGGAGAGAGAUAAAAAACAAAGACACACAGAAGCACACUAAAAACCCCAUUUCCAAAGGCAAAAGAUUAAAAAGAAAAGAACCUGUAAAAAGCCUGAAUCAGUAAGCAUGAAACUCGGGAGGCCCCUGCCCCUGCCCCUGCGUAGGUUAUUCCGGUCUCUAAAAGAAUAAGUAAAUAAAAAAAAUAAAAUGUAAGAAAAUCAGAAAAAGAUUGCAGCUAAUUAUGCGUGUGUGCGUGUACAACAGGAAAGAGAAACAGAUGAGAGAGAGAGAGAGGGAUGAUGAGUGCAUGAUCUUCUUCAAGGGUUUAUAAAGUGAUCUCAGGAGAGCUAUACAUACAUACAUAUAUACAUACAUACACACAUCCAUCGUCCACAAGCUGCAGAAAAGUAGAGAGAAGGAAAAACACACACACACAAAUGGAUGGUGGUGGUGGCUCGGGUAGCAAUUCUUGUCUGAUGGCUUUUGGGGAGAAUCAUAAUAAUAACAGUAAUAAUAAUAAUAAUGGGUUUUGCCCUGUGAUGAUGAUGCCGCCUCACAUGGCUUCUUCUUCUCAGCCCAAUUCCGACGCCGGAAACGCCUUAUUCCCUCCUCCUCCGCCUAAUCAUCACCACGAACUUAACCCCGGCGGCGGUGGUUCUAUGAUGCUCGAAGAGCAUCAGAACCAAAGCAACAACCACACCAGCACUGGGUAUUAUUUUAUGCACCAGAACAAUGAUGCAGCCACCGCCGCCGCCGCCGCCGGCGGCAGCUCCGCCAAGGCGAAGAUCAUGGCUCAUCCUCACUACAACCGCCUCCUGGCUGCUUAUGUUAAUUGCCAAAAGAUAGGAGCGCCGCCUGAAGUGGUGGCAAAGCUGGAGGAAGUGUGCGCUUCCGCCGCCGCGAUGAGCCGCCGGCACGGCACGAUCUGCGUGGGGGAGGAUCCUGCGCUGGACCAAUUCAUGGAAGCUUACUGUGAAAUGCUGAUAAAGUACGAGCAGGAGCUCUCGAAACCCUUCAAAGAAGCCAUGCUUUUCCUUUCGAGAAUCGAAUGCCAAUUCAAGGCCUUGACUCUUUCCGCGCCGUCUGGGUCCUCUGGUGACCAAAUCAAAAACACAUGUGUCGAAGCGAUGGAGAGAAAUGGAUCGUCCGAGGAAGAAGUGGAUGUGAGCACUAACUUCAUCGAUCCUCAAGCUGAAGACCGCGAACUUAAGGGGCAGCUGUUGCGAAAAUACAGCGGAUAUCUUGGAAGCCUCAAGCAGGAAUUCAUGAAGAAACGGAAGAAAGGGAAGCUGCCGAAGGAGGCCAGGCAACAGCUGCUCGACUGGUGGACUCGCCAUUACAAAUGGCCUUACCCUUCUGAAUCGCAGAAAGUGGCGCUGGCGGAGUCGACUGGGCUGGAUCAGAAGCAGAUAAACAACUGGUUCAUUAACCAGAGGAAGCGGCACUGGAAGCCGUCGGAGGAUAUGCAGUUUGUGGUGAUGGAUGCAGCCCACCCCCACCCCCACCCUCACUACUAUAUGGAGAAUGUUUUGGGGAAUCCAUUCCCCAUGGAUAUCUCUCCUCACCUUCUUUGAACAAGAAGCAACUAUUAUUAUUAUUAUUAUGAUUAUUAUUAUUAUUAUUAUUAUUAGAGGAGCAGCCAUGGAAAAGGAGCUUGAGCUUGAGCUUUGAGGUCUUGUUAAUGAAUCUAAACUGAUAAUGGGUGGAAGUGGAUUUGUUCUUGAUGUUGAUGUCUUUGUGUGUAGAAGAUGCUUCUAAGUAAGAAUAUGGUAUGUUGCAGCCAUUGUUAUCUUCAACAAUUACUGCUAUUACUGUGGCUGUUGCAGUACUACUGCAGUGAAGUAAAAUAUGAUCUAACAUAUCUAUCUAUUCACACCUAUUGGCUGUUG